UGCAAUGAAUGAUUUUCAGUUAUCCGUUAGUGGCGCUAGUGGCUCAGCUCCGGGGAAAGCAAAUUCUCACUUUUCUUCGGGAUAUUUCAACACUUACUGCUCGUGAUCACGCGCUUCGGCCCUAACUUUGAUUGCUCUCCAAAGUAGUUGAGGGACUCGUGCGUACCAACAUGUUCGAGGAGGCUGACAAUUUUGCUGAUAUUUUUCGUGGCGGCUUGCCGUAUUACCUGCUGAUCACUCUGCCUAUUCUCAUCAUUUGCUCCUCGAAUCCUGUGCUGGCCUCCAGUGAGUUCUCCGUGCAGCGGAUGGCACAGUUUGACGUCCAUGGAACCCCCUAUGGAUGUAGGGCUUCAGCUCUUAAUUUAGAGGCAAAAUCCCUCCACACCUGGACGACAUCAAGGCACUGUGUCGUGACGAGAUUUCAAGACUUGACAAUUGACCAGUUCCGGGAAAUCCGGGCAAAAGCUGGAGGCUUGGUUUUGCUGCUUCCGCAGGAUCUCUCCACUCUGUCCGCAGAUGACAGACAACAUAUUCUGCUACUGGAGCAGGCCAUGAUGACCCAGGAGGUUUCCAUUCCUGUCUACUUUUCCACGUACGAGAAGAAAUUGGAGGGUAUCAUCAGUGAUGUCACAGCAAGUUCGAACACCAAGCCUGGCCAGAGAGAAACCGCCUUGACGGAGAUCAUGAGCUUAAUUUCCGCCAAUGGCUAUCAGAUUGUUGUGUCAGGCGCCAGUCACACGGCCAACAAACAGAGCAAGAUCCCCAUCAUUCAGGGCGAACUGGCUCCGGCUGCGGCGAUGCACAAGGCGCCCGGAGACUCCACCCGUGGCAAUACUGUGGAAAUUAACCCAAAGCUCCCCCUAAUCAUCAUCACUGCCCAUCUGGACACUUUCGGGCUUCUCAAUGAGCACCUUGGCAACCUCGAUGUGGCCGUCUUUCUCACCCUCAUGGAUCUGUUCAGCAAACUCCACAGCACAGUUUCCACGGCGCCAAAGUAUCGACUUCUGUUCCUCCUGUCUGAAUCCGGAAGCCUCCUCAACUUCCAGGGCAUGAAGAAGUGGCUGGACACAAAUGCAGAUGAGAAUGUCCAAAUUCAGAACGCAGAAUUCGUGCUCUGUCUCGAUUCGGUGGGCCUGAGUGACUCCUCCACGUUCUUUAUGCACGUGUCAAAGCCACCAAAGGAGGGUACUCACAUGAAUAAUUUCUACAAACACCUCAAAGUCGCCGCCCAGCGCUUUGGGAAUGUCACUGUCGAGGGUGUACACAAGAAAAUCAAUCUAGCGGAUCUCAUUCUGGCAUGGGAGCACGAGAGGUUCAGCAUGAAACGAAUGCCAGCGUUCACACUGUCUAGUCUAAAGAGUCACAAAGAUCCACUGCGAACAACCAUUUUCACGGACAGUAGUCCAUCUAGUUUGGAGGUACUUGAGAGGUACACAAAGAUCCUGGCCGAGGCGCUCGCCAGUUACAUCUAUAAUCUGAAUGAGGCUGAAAUAUUCACGGGUUCAAUGGCUGUGACUCAGAACUCACUGAGGCCGUGGCUUGGCAUCAGAUCCACUCUUCAGAACAAUGAUCUGAAGAAUGCUUUCCAGAAGUACCUCAAGAACGUUAAGAUAACGUACGAAAAGCCCGACGCCAGGGAACCAGAUUUUAUGCUGUACGAAGGGCAAGAGGGCCUCCUCAAUAUCUACAGCGUCAAACCGGCCGUGUUUGAUUUGUUCCUGACUUUCCUGAUAGCUGCCUAUCUAGGUGCCAUUUAUUGCGUCAUCAUCUACUUUCCAAAGCUCUACCGUGUGAUUUGCAAGUGGAGCCGCAGCAAAGUUAAAGUUAAUUGAGAGGUCCUCGCCAAAAAUUCUCGUUCCAAUUGUGGUGUUUGGAAUUCCCGCCAAUUUUCACACAGCGUCAACAAAUGAGGUAUCAUUUUCCUAUGGGAUUGGAUGUUUGUAGUCACCUUAAGAGUCAUGAUCAGGCAUUCUUACGAAUAAAUUUCAUCCAAUUAGUUGGACAGUUGA